CAAACAUUGCCGUGUUUUCACAUGAGGAAGUUGUUUGAAAUCAAUAACAUUGUUGGACUUCAGACUGUCCGGCGUUAAUUUAUAACGCAAACACAACCAAAAAAAACCAAAAACACAGUGCACAACAGCUGAAAUGGCGAUGUUGUGUCACGGCUUGACGAUGUUUAUUGGAUCAAAUACCAACUCGGAAGCUAAUUUGAUUAUCUAGCUAGCUAAAUAGUAAGUGGUCAGCACAGGACAGAGCUUUGCUGUUAAUUAUAAAAAUGUCUCUCCUUGAAUCAGAAGAAAGUGCUCCACUGCUCAAAGGAGAUGCUGACAGCAUACAGGAUACAGAGAGGAGCCGAUGGAGGUCGAUCAGGGUCAUGUACUUCACCAUGUUCCUCAGCAGCGUGGGUUUCACGAUCGUCAUCACGUCCAUAUGGCCUUAUCUACAGAAGAUUGACAACAGCGCAGACGCUAGUUUUCUGGGUUGGGUUGUGGCAGCAUACAGCCUCGGACAGAUGAUAGCCUCGCCCCUGUUUGGACUUUGGUCCAAUCACAGGCCUGGAAAGGAGCCGCUGGUUUGUUCCAUAGUCAUCAACGUUGCAGCUAACAUGUACUACGCCUACGUGUACCUGCCUCCAUCUCACAACAAAUACCACAUGCUCCUGGCUCGGGCGUUCGUCGGAUUUGGUGCAGGUAACGUAGCCGUCGUGAGGUCUUACGUAGCAGGAGCUACCUCACUGAAGGAGAGAACCAGCGCUAUGGCUAACAUGAGCGCCUGCCAGGCUCUGGGCUUCAUCCUCGGCCCAGCUCUUCAGGCAGGUCUGUCAUUUAUCGGUGAGAAAGGCUUCAGCUUGGACGUCAUUUACCUGAAGUUCAACAUGUACACGGCUCCGGCGCUACUCGCCGCCUGCUUUGGCGUCAUCAAUAUCCUGCUGGUUCUCAUCGUCCUCAGGGAGCAUCGUGUCGAUGACCACGGCGAGCAGAUCAGAGCGAUUAAUUACGUCUCGGAAGAGCAGCUUGUCGUGCCUCCUGAGACAGAAGGAAAUAUCGACGUGGUCGCAGUGCUUACAUCCAACAUCCUUUUCUUCAUCAUCCUCUUCAUUUUCGCCGUGUUUGAAACUAUAACCACUCCUUUAUCGAUGGACAUGUUCGCGUGGACGAGGAAAGACGCCGUCCUGUACAACGGGAUCAUUUUGGCGGCCAUUGGCUUCGAGUCCAUUAUAGUGUUCCUUGUGGUGAAGAUCAUCUCAGUGAGGUUUGGUGAUCGUCCGGUGCUCUUGGGUGGCCUGGCCAUCAUAUUUAUCGGCUUCUUUAUCCUGCUACCCUGGGGAAACCAGUAUCCAAAAAUUCAGUGGGCAGACAUUCAGAACAACUCCAUGCCAGCUUUGAGUCAUUCUCCGGUCUCUAACAGUAGUGUGGAACCGACUGGAUGCCCUUCAGAUCAGACCUGGUGCCAGUUCACCCCCGCCAUCCACCUGGCCCAAUACCUCAUCUCUGAUAUCCUGAUAGGAGUGGGCUACCCCGCCUGCAACGUCAUGUCCUACACACUGUACUCCAAGAUCCUCGGACCCAAACCACAGGGUGUGUAUAUGGGCUGGCUGACGGCCUCAGGCAGCGGCGCUCGGACCCUGGGCCCAGUGUUUGUCUCUCAUGUCUACACCAUCUUGGGUCCUCGCUGGGCCUUCAGUCUGAUCUGCGGUAUCGUCCUGGCAAGCAUCCUGCUGCUCACAGCUAUGUACAGACGACUUAUAGCUUUCUCUGUGCGUUAUGGAAGGAUACAGGAGUGACGAUGUCAGAGGUGGAGGAUGGAUGGAUGGAAGCUUGUUUUGAAAUUCAUGAACUUUUUCUUUUUUGAAGCAAAACUCGCUUUUAUAGGAAGUAGAAAAAUGUCAUGUGGAGAAUUUAAUGCCUAAUAAUUUACAGAUGAACAAAAUACAGGUUAUAGGCAUUAUUAUGCGCUCACCUCCACCUGCACUGCUCUCUAGUCAAACAGUGCAUGGGCUUAAUUUGCGUAUCGGUACAUGAUUGGCUCUUAUAUGUUAUGAUGCAGUAACACUACAAAAAGGGGGAGGGUUUUUUUAAAAAUAUAUAGUUUGUUUUUAAACAGAAUACCAGCAUAGCUUCAAAAGAAAUGGGGGAAAACUGUCACAUAUAUUUAGGAAAUAUUUUAUCGUCUACAUGUGGAUGAGGUUAUAAUGAUCAGGUUUUGGGGAAUAAGCUAAAUGAACUCAUUUUAACUUUUAUUUUAAUGCCCUUCUGAUCUACUGUCAGGUAUUUUCAUUUAAUCCAGGCGUAUUUAUUACACCUUCCGUGGAUCCGUGGUUAUUUGUGGAUGAAAAUUCACAGCGAGAAUCGUUCUGUAAAACACUGGAGUGGGUUUGAG